AUGGCGUUGACAAUCUCGACAGCUGAGCUUAUCGGCGUUUUCAUUGAGUCGUUGGCAUAUGGUGUAUAUCUGAUGGUGUUCAUUCAAUGCAUAUUUGUACUACGGAAGAGGCAUUCGCGACCAAGUGAUUACUUGCUUGGGACUGCAGUUUCACUGUUCAUCCUCAUCACAGCACACCUUUUCAUCGACAUUCUGCGCAACAUGCAGGCUUUCACCACAGACGAGGCAGUGCCAAAUUAUCCAACCAGAUAUUAUGACACAUUUAACACUUGGCAGAACAUUCUAAAGAGUGGUCUGUAUGUCGCUGUUACAUUAGUGUCCGACGCAUUCAUUUUAUACCGCUCCUUUAUUCUAUGGGGUAGGAAUUACCUCAUUUGCGCCUUCCCCUUCUUGUUGUUUAUCGCGGAUAUUGUUAUCGGUGUUUUAUGGGUAUACACUCUGAACUUUGUCGUUCUAGGUGAUAAUGUCUUCGCCGAUGCCCUCUCCGUUCGCGUCAAGAUAUUUUCCUCGAUUACUCUGGCCAUGAAUGUGAUCUGCACAUUGCUGAUUGCCUUCAAAAUUUUGAAGAUCCAAAAAGCAGUUGCGCACUUCGUAAAAGGUAGCGGGGACCAGGUCUCUCGUUUGGUGCCUAUCAUGAUUGAAUCUGGUUCUGUGUACUCAGCCUUGCUCGUGGUUAUGAUUGUAACAUAUACUUCUAAGUCCGCAGCCAUAUUCAUCAUUUUGAAUCCAAUGUCACCGAUCAUCGUAAGUUCUUUUUCUUCCGUUAUCGUCCGCGUCGGUAUGGGACUAUCUCAUGGUGAUUCCUAUCGCGCCAAUGGCACAGUUUCUUCCUCGCGGAACAAUCAAUGGAUGCCGCGUGUGGGUUCCAGGCCAUUCAAUAGCGACCUGCAGAUUUAUUCUCCGUCAUUCCCGCAUGGAGGUGUUCAGGUUCAAUUGCAGCAAAGUGUACACACCCGUGCCGACGUCUUACCGGAUGACCUCGAGAAUGACACAAGCCCACAUGCAAAGCGCUCUUUCCUGGCUGUGUGA